AUGUCGACCUCGCCAGAAAAGGCUUCGCCUGAGAAGUCGCUCGAAGGGACUUCGGAGCAUUUGAACAUCGCUGAAUCUGAUUCAUCUGUUGCACCCUCUUAUCAAGGCUCUAAAGAAGAACGCAUACAGUAUGAGCGUCAACAAACCGCUUCCACUGGCAGAUGGGCCUUCAUCAGCAAGAUGGGGGAUCUCCCCGAGUGGAAGCUCGGAGGAACUCGCCUACACGGGACUGCUCUGAAUUGGUCCAUCGGGUUCGUAGCAAGCUGUGGUUUUCUGAUGUUCGGCUAUGACCAGGGUGUGCUGAGCGCCCUGUUGACUCUAGACGAUUUCCAGAAGAACCAAAUCCUCAUGACACCGCGAGAACGGGCGAACGAUCUAUGUUGGCUUGAUAGUCCCGCAAAUACGGUUCCUGAUCCUAACAACUGUACCGGUGAUGCCAAUACCCAGGCUGCCGGUGUUGCAAUCUAUCAGAUUGGAUGCUGGAUGGGAUCUCUGAUAAUUCUGUUCUAUGGAGAGUCCUGGGGCCGCAAGUCCUCGACCUUCUGGGGCUCCUCUAUUAUGGUUAUUGGUACUAUUAUGCAAGCUGCCUCCUUCGAGUAUGGUUUGUUUGUUGGUGGUCGCAUCGUUAGUGGUAUCGGGAAUGGAAUGGUCACAGCAUCUAUACCAACCUGGCAAAGCGAAUGUGCCCGCCCUCAUCAACGAGGUAUUCUCAUCAUGCUUUCGGGUGCUCUGAUUUCAUGCGGUGUCAUGAUCGCCUACUGGGUGGACUACGGGUUCUACUUUCUGUCAGGAUCGGUCCGCUGGCGAUUCCCCCUCAUGUUUCAAUCUUUCUUUACAAUCAUCGUCAUGAUCGGAGUGCUUUUCCUUCCCGAUUCACCAAGGUGGCUGGCUAUGCAAGGUCGACGCACCGAGGCUCAAGAUGUCCUAUCCCGAUUGCUUGACAAGGAAGAGAAUGAUCCCUUGGUACGAGAGGAGAUGCGAAAUAUCACCGAAGCCCUCGAGGUCCAAAGCAGUGGUGGCGGGUUCAAGAUGAAAGAGCUUCUCACCAAUGGUCCUUCGCAAAAUCUUCGCCGUUCAGUACUCGCGAUGGUUUCUCAGUUCUUCCAGCAAAUGUGUGGAAUCAACUUGGUCACAUACUAUGCGACGAUGAUCUUCGAGAGCUCUCUUGGCUUUGCACCUGAUAUGGCGCGGCUUCUAUCGGCCGCUAACGGUACCGAAUACUUCCUCGCCUCUCUCGUCGCUCUUCCUCUGAUCGAGCGAACGGGCCGUCGAAAACUCAUGAUGAUCGGAGCCUUUGGGAUGAGUGUCUCGAUGGCGAUCCUCGCUGGCACUGUCUCAACAGGGACAAAGCUUGAAAAUGGUGCUCCAAAACUCGAGACACGCUACGGAGUAACAGCCACAGUCUUCUUGUUCGUCUUCAAUUCGUUCUUCGCCAUUGGAUGGCUGGGCAUGACUUGGCUAUACCCGGCGGAGAUCACCAAUCUGCGUAUUCGAAUUCAGGCAAAUGCACUGUCAACCAGCUCUAACUGGAUGUCCAAUUUCUUGAUUGUGAUGAUCACUCCGCCGGCAUUCAAGAACUUGGGCUAUCAGACUUAUAUCAUGUUCGCGGUCUUCAAUGCUGCCCUCAUUCCUGCCGUGUUCUUCUUUUUCCCCGAGACCAAGGGUCGCACGCUGGAAGAACUUGAUAUUGUGUUCGCAAGUGCCCAUGCCAAGGGUAUCUCCCCUGUUAAGCACAGCUGGGAGAUGCCUCAUCUUUCGGGCCCGGAGGUUGACCGCGAGCUGCUACGAUACUUUGGACCGACAGCCAUAGCCAUCGAAUCGCGGGGACAGAGGGCGAGUGAUUGA